CCUUAAUUUAAUGUAAAUUUUAAGGUAACUGCUGUAAUAAUUAUUUUGUACCAUAUUGUUCAAUAAAUAAAAUAAAAGCUGCAGUUAUAGACUGCCAUCGAUCAUGUCCACUCGCGAACUCGUAGUUACGGCUUCUGAUAGUAGAGGACACAGCCAUCACUGAAAUUAACUUGGUGACUAAAUUGUUACCAAUCUACUUAUUUAUUAUUAUUAUUAUAAUUAGUAACACUCACCCACAAUUUAAUAAGAAAUCCCACCGUUAUAAAACCACUUACAGCUCCCAAUAUUACAAGCUGUUCUGUUUUUUUUUUCAAAUAUGGGAAUUGUGUAUCUUGUAGGGUGUCAAUGGAAGCGUAUUUUAAUUCUCUACAAGAAAGUAUUAACGCACUUGGGUCGAAAAUUCAUCGGUUGAAAAGAUAUCCCUGGGAGAGACAGGGUGAGCCUAGCGGUCUCUCCCAGGGAUAACUUUUCAACUAAUAAAUUUUCGACCCACGUACCUCAGUAAUUUUUCAUAGAGAAUAACAAGACGCAGAAUUUGGCCCGAAAAGAAUUUCAAAAUUCCCAAAAAAAUUAUUCUAAGAUCUACGCCAAAAUUUCAAAUGAUUUCUACCGAGGCAAUUUGCAAUAUUUUGAAACUAAAAUAUCAUUUUAAUGUUUCAUAUAUUUGUUUGAUACUGGCAACAAUAUCAUCCCCUGAAGGAUGAAAUCGUUGGAACGAGAAACGGUCGCAAAUCUGUGCACGUUUGCGAUGCGACAAGUUAAUGUAACUUGAUGUUUCUCCUUCUCUUCGUUCUUCUCCGAGCUAACUCUCCGGAGAAUCCAGCGGCACAAUACUAAACGCUACACCUAUGAAUAUGAAUUAGCGUCUCGCCGAGGGGGUUGGAUGCGAACCAUUUACCGUUUCCGUCAGCUUAACCGCGCACCGCAGUGGCUCUCAAUGCGACAUCCAUUUAAGCCGCAAAUGUGCAAAUCGUGUAGCCACGUAAUUUAUUCGAAUCGCUUCAUCAAAUAUACAUCGAUAAAAUUUCCUAGAAAAUUCAGGAAGAAUCAUGCCAAACACGGGUCAUAACAAUUUCUCAAGAUUGCGAUGAAAUACAAGGUGUUUCAUUCAGAUCUAAUAAUGAUAAGAAGAAGGGAUGCUUCAGAAAUAAAUGAAAAUCAAAGUGGAAACGAAGCGAACAAAUGUUCAAGCGAUAGUUUCUUGAAGAGAUGAUACAUAAAAGGGAGACACGGUUAAAAGCCGCGAGUGCCGCUUUAUUUUAAUGAUCGCAACCCCCUUCAACGCAACUCUUGUCGCGGAAAGUGGUGACCCGAGAGAGCUGUCAUAUUUUGACGUCCGCAACGGGCGUUCUGGCCUAGAAGGGGAGACGAGAAGAAAAGAGAUUAUUUUUCGUCGCGCUGGGAGAAGUCAGAAAUCAGUACGAAAGCGAACAACGAUGAGGGGAAACCCUUAAUGGCUGGCAAGCAGAAUUCGAGCGAGUUUUUCUUAUUCGACAAAUGAUUUAAUAAAUUUCUUUUAACAUAAAAAAAUAAAUACAGCUAACUUUCAAGAAAGAAUGAUUAAUGUCAUCUACAGAACUGCCCCAGAGUGAAAUCAAUACCGUUCUACUAUCAAGUAUCAAAAAUAAAAUUCACCUCAUCGCAGACGAAUAAAUCCACUUCAUUUCGCGAGUACGGUAACAAAAUUUUCCCUUCGUUAAUCCACGAAACGGCGGCGAAUCCGGAUCAAAUUAAAUCGUACCAUCGCAUCCACGUCAGAAGUCUCGAAAUGGUUACGGUUUAACGAACGACGAGGUGGAUAGAUGGUCUCAGGGGUAGGUUUCUCGAUGAUCGGCCGUCCAUCAAGAACGUAAACGCGAUCGUCAACAGUUGCGUUGAGCAACACUCUUCUCGCCCUCGCUUUUAGACUCGCGGACUGAAAUUGACGUCCGCAGACACGGGCACCGCUUUGUCGAGCGGCAAACGAGAGUGACGAGCGUUGCGAAUCUCCACGGCUCGCUUAACGUUUCCAUUGUGAAGCCGGCCGGCAGAAGACGAAGGGCGAAAAAUGUCAUGUACGUCGGCGGGACCGCGCGUAGAAUUAAUUCGGUACCGCAGCAGUCUGACAGGGAUUCGGUAAUUGCCGGAGAGAGACGCUGAUUUCUGCCGAAUUAUGGCGAUACGCGUCUCCGUCGGAUUUCGGUAGAUAUCGGGGGUGGACAUUAACACCUUACUAAUCAGUUGGAAAAAUUUGGAAUAAUUAAAUCUGAGGAUCUUCCAUCUUUUAUGGAACAGAGAGGAUAUACUUUACAAUGAAUAGAAUGAGAAAUAUGACCUCUUAAGGAUGGUAAUAAUUAAGAGAUAAUUAAAAGAACCACAGCCCAGAAUUGUAAUUAUCUUUGGAAUUAUAAUAACUUUCAUUUGCCCUGUGAAGAAUUAAACUUUUAACCAUGAUCCAUCUAAAGAAACCAAUCAACAAUUGCAAAAGAAAUGCAUCUAUAAUCGCAAAGCAGCUCGAGCAACGAUGACUGCGAUACAACUGAUGAUUUAACUCGAGUUAGCGGUCCAAUCAUCCGAUGCUUGUCAACCCUGUGUAUCUGUACACAGUGUCAUCGAGAAGGAUCUCUCGGCUGAUCAGGAUAGCAGCAAUAGAGAUAAACGAUUCAAUACGCGACAAUGAAUAAUACUCGAGCAACGGUUAAACGCAGCAGCGGAUCGGAUCGGGUCCGCCCACGAGGCUGUCCGAAGGGAAACCACCCGUAAAAUCCAAAAGGGGUGCAGUGAAGCGGGAGCGGCAGGGGGCGCCAGGCGACUCUGUGACGCGAUUAUGCUAACGAAGUUAUUCCAUUGUAACGCUGUUUACAACGGCGCGCAUUAAGGCUACACCGGAACAAUGGCACCCCCUCUGCACCCACCUCCCCCCUGCGUACACAAGUCAGGGAAUCCUCGAGGAUCGCGCGGCCAUUGUACGUUCUCUUUCGAAAUGAAAUAGAUACUUGCCGAUGGUAAACAGGAAAAAAUGAUGAAUGCAAGAACAAUUGUCGAGUUUCGUAAAAGUUUCUACGAUCCAAAUAAUAAUACAAGAGAGGUCUGAUUUCCUUGUUUAAUCGGCACAGAAUAAUAACUGAAAGUUAUUCGUGUCGCAAGUGAUUUGACAGCAAUAAUUUUUCUGCUAAAUACCAAUAAAACGUUUCUGUUGCCAAAACCAUCGAAACACAAUGAAUACAAGGGGGAUGGAAGGAGCCCCGACUACUUCACGCGUCUGGUUACACCCCACCGGGGCGCCACUUGACUCGUAUUUAACUUUCAAAUAUAUUUUAUGCCCUUUGCAUCUUAAUACUUUCAUGGAUUCGCGAUUCCUACUCCCUUCUUUGGAUUCGCCUAACGCGCGUGUAUUUUCGUUCCACCGAAACGUGCAUGAUUUUAUAUUACAAAGUGCCGCCACCCUCCAGAAUCAUAGCUAUAAAACACCAGAAACACUAUUCUACGGUCGCGUUGCUUUCAAUCUUAUCGUAGGACAAGUGUGUUUAAUAAAUGCAUUAACGUCACAGUUUCUUGUUGAAAUUCUUGAUAUUAUCAAGAUAUACAGUUCACAAUGAUAAGAUAGAAAAUGUGUAAGAAGUUCACUUUUUCUAUUUCUCUGUCAAUUCUCUUCGACAGGAUGUAAUAAUUUGUGGACUCUUGUUCUUCGAUGACACUAUGAAUUCAUCGUACCAUCCCCUGUCAAAAUUCGAUUUCUUUCUGAUAACAGGGAAACCCGUAAGAUCAACGUGGCCGAUUCGAGACACAAGAAACUCAUGCUCGAACGGACCCAGCAUUUUACGUGUUCAUCGAAGCGUGGCAACGUUUCGACGGGAUUAUUUGUAGGAUUCAGUCGUAUACUCGACAUUUCCGCCGAAUCCUUUGUACCACUCACCCGUUACCGCAUCGGAUAUUUUCGAUACGUAUUUAGGCUUGUUUUCGACAGCCGGAUAUUGAUAUAUUAUCUUCACUCGAUCCUACUCUUCAAAUAAGAAGCAACGAAAAUAUUACCCUAUUAUUAACAGUAACACGAAUAUGGAUAACAAAAUAAGAUAAUUGGAGAAUUAUGUAAUUAUCUAUUCACAUUGGAAUUAGUGUCAGCUCGAAAUGGAGCAGAUCUUCGAAAAAAUGCUCUCCUAAGAUGUUCGUCUGUUUUUUCAACUUCUUUGACGUUCAUCUUUUUUGAAGUACGCCGACGACAUUCUUUCCUCUUGGUGUGAUAACUUCUGAUGGGAAAAAAGAUAAUUAGCCGGAUAGACCAGCUGUGCUUGUUUUGGAGUAAACGCUGACAUUAGCAGCAUUCCCUAAUUUUCACUUUUCAAUUAAUUUAUUAGUACCAAGAGGACUACUAAUUUACAUAAUUGAUAAAGGAAAACGGAGGAAAAGAAUGGGAUUUCGUUAGAACCAGCGAGGAACAUUAAUUUUUACUCGACGGUUACAUAAAGGAAAGAAAAAGAAGAGAGGCAAAGAAGAAAUAGAACUUUCACAAAUGUUCUUUCCUGCAAAACGUGUCACGCUUCACGACAGACAGAGGAACGCCUACGUGGACGAAGAAGAAGACGUCAGCGUACACACACGUGGAAUCAGAUAAUCUUCCCGCUUCGUCCACGAACAGAAGCGAGUAUGCAUAUGUGGUUUGACGACGGGGGAGCCGAGCAGGGACGUAGAUGGCAUUCCUCUAAUUUGUCGGCUCGACUUUGUCGGCUAAUCAAUCGAAUUCGUGAUUACCAUGCGUCGUGAGCGUUAACCAUCGUGAGCUUCCAUGGUUUUCAUGCCGUCUAUCAUAGCUGAGAAUGUGUAGGUGUGUAUACCUCACACAUGUGUACUCGUUAGGGCGGUACCAUCGAUGGUUUAUGGAUAAUUUAACUGCUGGGUAAAUUUAUCGAACACUGAACCCAAAAGUUUCCAAAUUUUUCAAAUUGAAAAUUAUGAAAACUUUACGUGGACCCUGGUCAUUAUAUAUAAUAAUUAAUUUAGAUAAUCAAGAUCCUGUAGUAUUAUUUGAAGUAUUAAAUGAUUAGUUAGCCUUGUCAGAAAAUGUUUGGGGAUCGGUAUGAUCGCAAAUUUACGAGAACAAAUUACUCGUUACAAAUUACCAGAACAAUUAAGGACAGAUUAAAUUCAUUUUGACGGCUAUUUGGAGUCAAGCGGUGAACGUUUUAAGUCUCGUACGAGCACACGUACUCAAACGAUGUGUCGUACGUGCAUUCACGCGGUCUGUCGGCAAGCAGAUGCACGCAUCGCCGCCUUCAUUUCACGCAUAAUUGAAAACACGUCCCAUUUAGCGCCGAGGACGUUCGCCACUUCACCACCGCGGUCUUCCUCCCAAGAUAGCACCCGUUUAAGUCGUGUCCCGUACGAUUAACGUGAUUUAGACGCUGGCCGCCCGUUUAACGUCUCAACGACGAUGCUGCGUACAAUAAUUUAAGCGGCAUAUUUCCGUGCAUACUAUCGCUUAGUAAACUCGUAUACUUACGGUGCACUCGGGUGCAUCGUCGGCUUCUGUCGAUUAAAGAUCAGCGUAGAAUUUAUUAUUUGCAUUUAAUCUUGGGAAAAUUUGGGAAGAUCUUGAGGACAAUCUAGUCCUCAUGUAAAAAACAUACGGGCAUAAGGCGCCUGGUGGGUGUUUUAUCCCACUCAGGUUGGCUUUUUCGGCCCAAUAUCAACAAAAGUCAAGUGUUGGGUCUUCCGGAUCCGAACACAAUGACAGUUUAUCCAUUCCCGUGGCUUCUGGGAUAUUAUUUUAACCCUAUGAAAAUUUAAAGAAAAUGAAUUUCCAGUGAAAUAAAAUAUCUUCUCGUUUGAUCUCCGAUUCGCGAAACUGUUCGAUGACCCCUGAAUUGCGCACCUCUGUCCUAAAAUGUGUCAUUUAAGCCAACUCGAACGUAGCAGCCAGGAUCGACGUUAAUGUACCGUGUCGCGAUGCACGCCACGGAAACCCCAACGAUUACGAGACUAGCAGUUCGUCGUGUGCAUAAUUCGUAAUGUCCGGCCGGCGUAGCGACACGAAGGUGGGAUUAGGUUUCGCGACAGGUAUCGUCGCCUCCCUAUUCACCGCGCACAAUUUGUCCUCCCGGAGGAGGGUAACGCGCACGGUAGCUCGCUGGUUAAUCCAUUACCAUGGGCACCGUGUACGCGCGCCGUCUCGCUUUUACACGACGCCCACCAAUUUGCUAACCAUCGAUUUCUCUCCUCUCUAACACCCUUUCGCGAGCAACCCUCGUAGCUUCCGUAGCGAACGGAAAUAAUACAGUAUACCGCGAAUCGCGAAUUCUAGACCCUUUCGAGGUGCUGCUAUCUUUAGAAACGCAGCCGCGGCACCCGUGUCCCUUUUUCGACGGGACAAAGCCUCGUCCGUUUCGCGUUUCGCUUCUACGUUUGAUGGAUUCGAGUGUCUCGUGCUUGCUCGCCGCUGAAAAAAGCUCGUCCUCUUCGUGGAACUGGGUUUGAAGGGAUUAUGGAUUCGAGAAUCGUGGACGCUGCUCGAGGAAUGGGAAUAUGGAUGGGGUGAAAUUGUGCAUAACCAGAGACGUGCUAAUUUUGUUUUUCUUCAAAUAUUUCUUACAUCUUCUCCUCUUCGUUCCUGCUCUCAAAUUUGAAAAAUAAAUAUCAAGAAAAUGAAAAAAUUCAAGAUUCUUGUUUUGAAGAUAUUUUUCAAAUCUACAUUUUAGUUCGCCUUCUUGUUUUUCAAAAUUGACACAAACUUUCCUUGUAAAUCAUCGAGAACUACAAACACCCCGUUCGAUCGUAAAUCAAAAGAGCCCUCUGAUGGCGACCCCUAAACGCGAGAGGGAGAAGGAAGAGAAAUGCAGGAAAACAGGGAGGCGGAAGAGGAACGCGGAGAAGAACAAAUUGUCCGGAGGAGAUAAAAGAAAGAAAGAAUCCUGGAGAAAAUAAAUCGUCGAAUGCAUACAGUACCAUCCAUAAUUGUUCCAUUUGAACUUUGACUUCAAAAUACGAAGAAUGAUAUAAUUCUUAUUAAAGUAUGUCGCACUAAAUAUAGAGUUUUCUACUGUGACAAGCAAAUAUCCAUAAUGACUCGUAUGCAUUUACUACCUUAAGCACGUCUAUCUUCUUCUAUUCAAUUUUCUUUUUCAAUUCCUACCUACAGCAGCAGCAAUAAUUCUAAAUGACACUGUACUUAUUGUAUCGUUCUCCUUCGUCGACGAAACAGCGAGUAAUUAAAAGUUGUGCUGCUACGAGUGUCGCGGCACGCUUAAGAACCGAAGCGUUUAAGAGUCGACGAUUCCGUUCACACGUGCGUAACGAAAGCUUGCGGGUCGCGGAACGACGCCUUCGCGUAGGAAAAUAAAGAGAGGAAAGCGAACGGUUCGGUUCGCGAGACAAGAUUUAGGGCCGUCUGAGCAUUCGUGUCUGAAUCUCCUUGCGCUUAUUCCACUUGCUCCGUGGCAAGCAACGAGAUUCUGCUCGAGAAAAUCCGCACCUUGUAAAGUCGACGCGUGAAAUGGGGGGAAAACGAUGACAAGAAUGAACGUUCCGUGAAUUUCUGCUGAAGAAACACCCUUCGUGAGAACAAUCGUCAGUUUCACGGUUCGUUCUUUCAUGGUUACAUCAGAUUAGAGAAAUCAUUCGCUCAGAACACUUGAGACUCGUUUUAGAUAAUUUUAUAAAACACAAGCAAAAUAUCAUUUAUGAAUCGAAAUUGUAAAUUAAAAAAUUUCAAAGUACUCGACUGUAUCAUAAUUAGGUCCUUCGGUGAAAGCACCGAUCGUUUCACAAUUUUUAUGUGCAACGCUUUCAUGUUGCUUUACAACCCGUUAAGUGCUACUUUGUCAGACUCCGCGUCCGCCAGUAGAUCCGGUCGAUACUCAUUUCCGUUUGGUCGUUACUCGAAUAACUUUAGUCAAGACUGUUUCCUCGCACGAUAAACUUCAACUGACAACGGUUCGUAAAGAUGCUCAUUCAUAAUGUUCAAAGGCUAUCACAGAACAUCUGGAUGUAAAAUAGUAUAUUGUUGAAGAGAGGAAAGAAAAGGAACAGUUGUAAUAAAGCGAUUAUUUUUUGAAAUUUUCUAAAGGUAUUUACUUGCAACGAGCUCGAAGAUACAUGGCCUUGCGCUUUAUAUAACGACCAGCCGUUUAACUUUAGAUCCUGUAAGGCUCAAUUAGAGCCGUGUCGCGUUAACGAGUGCCGAAAUAGCGUCACUAUUAGCGUGAUGUACCGAUUAGCCAGCUUGGAAACGCCUACAAACAGAAGAAAUGAUCCAUGGGUGUAACCUGCCACCCGAGGUUUUUUAUGAUGAACAAGAAAUUAUAUGAUAUAUAAUUUUUCCCCUCUUUUUCUUGCGAUUAAACACUAAUAAUAAAACGACAAAGUGGCUAUGGAUUUUUUCUCAAUCUCUUAAUUAAGAGAUUACAAACUCUGUUUUGGCAAAAUACUGAACUUGGUUAAUAAUUCCCCAAAUUUUGGACUUUGGAGGGGCGCACUAAGACACGAGAAAUUAUCGAGCGUCCACUAUACUGCGAGAUUAUUAUUUUAUUUCCAUAUUUAACCUUAUCAGCACCAAAAUAAACGUAUUCUUCAUUCUAUUAUUAAAAGAAAGCUGAAGAGAAGGUUCGAAAGUGCGCGACGGAUGUUGCUUGUUAAGCGAGCGCAAUCUCGAUGACGCCGAGCGGAUUGACAGCAAGAAGGAUACAUCAUUAUCCUGCAAGUGGAUUGGCUCGCGCCAAGAUCGAACGGAUAAACUCGCUCGUUAAAGAAGCGUGAUGCGGGGGUGGCACGGCGAGCUACCUAAUGGGAAACACGUUGAUCGCCGGCGUUCGCGAGUGAACGAUAAAAAUACAUGGGACAAGCUUGGUGGGCUUAUGGUAAACGUACGCAGCGCGUUGAAAGCGAGCUGGCUCGUUAACGCUGAUCGCUUUGCAUACUCGUUAUGACGUAAAUACACCCACGUGACCGAUAGUGCAUACCGGUCUAAUAACCAUGUCGAUUAUGUGCACAGGUUGAUGCUCGUUCAUUGGAUGCAAUUCUUUGUGAACAUUAAAUUGCUGGUUAAAAAUAUUGGGUGGAAAAAUUAAUUUCAAGUCUGGCUUUUAAUUGUUUGGUUUAGAGGAAAUUUUGUUUAUUAUACCAAGAAAAUCUUGAAAUAAUCAUAGUCACCUCCUUCACUUUCCCCAAUUUUACCAGACACUUGUCAUCCUUCUGUACUUUGUACUCCAAAGCUACAUGAAACCACUGUCCAAACAUCACUAACAUCAAAGAACGCACCUUUUCCUUAUUUUAAACUGUAAACAACCCUUUAUAAACCACCCCAUCAACCAGCAAACGCAGCCCUAAUAUCCUCCCUCAUUAAAUGAAAAUCAGCAACAGCAUCAACCUAGCCCAACAACAAAAGUAACGAUAAAAACCGAUCACAGCAGGAAAUAAAACAAAAGGGAAAAAAAAAGAGUACGAGGCAGGGAUAGAAUGCCAGCACGAUACCGGGAGAACGAGCAAUUAACCGGGAAUCGACGCCAUGGGAACUGGACAUGUACGAGGUCCUGAAAUUUGACCCUUGGUCCGAGCUGGAUUAUGCUAGCGAUGGAUCGCGAACACGGAAGGACAAAAGCGGCCAAAGCAGCAAGAUGGCGGAUCCAUGGAUCGGUAGGCGCGUCCGGGCACCCAGUUGGUUCAAGCAACGACCAAUCACCGGUGCGGUAUAACCGCGUCUGUGCGGUUCCGCGGCCACGCCAGCUGCCAGACCGCAGCGAGUCGGCGCGGCCCAGCAAUUGAAAUGCGGCUCGCCGACCGCCGACAGUUUCCCGUCGACUCGUGUCAGCUACGGUCCUCUCCACGUGCUUCUCUCAUCGUCCUUAUCUUGUCUCUUGCACCCACGUUGCAGCAUGCAUUCAGUCAGCAUGGCAACGAUCGUGGACCAAAGUGUCACGUGUGUUGCGGCUCGACGUUUUGCGAUUUGAAACGAAGUAAGAUUGCGGGAGCAAAAUCAGGGACUUGGGAUUUUGUUGGAUUGUGCUAGACCGAGUAAUCUUGUGUUUGGAAGAGAACUGCGAUUUGGAUUAUUUGAAACUGUGAUUUUGGAUUGGAGAAGGAGAUUGAGUCUAGAAAAGAUUCGUCAAAUUUUAGAAGUUUGAAAAGGUGGAUUGUGUUGGGUUGGGACAGUUAUAGUUAGAAGAAAAAACUGUGACUCUGGGCUGUUCGAGACUAUGAGGGGAAUGUGAUUCUAUGUUGCAAAUGAUGGUUGAUUAAAGAAACAAGCAGUUUGGGCCUUUCUAUGGUGUUUGAAGAAGUUUGACACUGUGGUAUGAAUGCAAAAUUGGAACAGCUCUAUUUGGGAACACUGUGAUUUUGGGCUGUUCGAGACUAUAAAAGAAAUUGUGAUUUCUAAGAAUUUUAUGUGAUCAUCCCUAGGAUUGAAUUGUAAAUUAUUACUUACUGUGUAUAUUAACUUUGAACAAUGCUAAGCAUUUAAAAACCAAGAUUUUAAAUAAACUGCAAUCUUAAAGAGGCAGGCAUUAAACGUACUAAUAUUAAUUGUGAUGUAUAAAUGAAAUAUUUGAUAUUUCAAUACCAUUUUAAAAGACAAAGGUGACCGAAGAAUCACUCACUUUUCGCAAUAAUUUCUUGCGACAGAACUGAAAAUCAUGAUUAAAAUCAUCUAAAACACUGAAGAUUAUAUUAAUCAGUAUUGCAAUAUACGAAUCAACCAAUAAAGAUGGAUUCUAAUAUAGAAGAAACAGAGCUUGACGUUGGAUCAGCGAGCGACGAACUCGAAUCAUCGAUAGCAGAAUCGAAGUUAAUACGUCGACCGACACCAAAACCGUUUACCAUUGAAAGUUUGAUAGGAAAUUGCGGUGCGCAAAAAGGAAACUGUGAUCCAACAACUCAAGGAGAGAGGACAAAUGAAAAUGAAGAAGAUUCUGAUAGAGAUAGGGAGUAUCUUUAUCAAAGACACUAUCUGGCGACUGCGGCGGCCAGCGCACUAUCCCCUGGUUUUGGUAUGCCACUCGGUUUAUACGGUGCAUGGUUACCGAUGCGGAUGUACGGUAGCGGUGGGACUUCCGGUGUUCCGAUGUUACCAGCGCAUACCUCCGCCAGUUAUCCGUCGCACCAGGAUCUCUACCAAAGUCGAUUAUCGCAGCAUCUGGGCGCGGGGACAAAUCAUCUUCAGGGUGCAGCUUAUCCGGUCGCUUGUCAGCGUUCAUCAAACCAUCGUGGUUCAACCAGCUUCACAGACAGUGAAGACGAUGGUAGUAUUGAUUCGCCAGCAUCACCUGCUCACGAUCUUUCGAAAUCUAGACAAGGUUCCGAGAACGGUCGCGCUUCGGCGGACAGCGAAGACGAGGGUGGAGGGUUGAGCACCACCGGGGAGGGUCACGACCCAACCGAUACCAUGUCCAGCAACGCGUCCAGCAACGUGAGUCCCGGAGGAUCUUUAGAAAAUGGUCAAAACACUUCAUCAACCGGGUCCAGCAAUAACAAAGCCAGACGCAGAAGGACAGCCUUCACUUCGGAGCAAUUAUUGGAACUCGAAAGAGAAUUCCACGCGAAAAAGUACCUCAGUUUAACCGAGAGAUCGCACAUCGCUCAUGCGUUGAAAUUAUCAGAAGUGCAGGUGAAAAUCUGGUUCCAAAAUCGAAGAGCCAAAUGGAAGAGGGUGAAGGCUGGAUUGAGCGGAGGGGGUGUUGGUACCGGAGCGACCAACAUGGCGACGGCUGGUGCUUCCAGCAGACACAACGGAGCCUCUGGUCAACAUUCCGGAAAUGGUACCAGAAUCGUGGUACCCAUUCCAGUGCACGUCAGUCGACUGGCGGUCAGAUCUCAUCAUCAUCAUCUGGAAAAGUGUGCCAGGCCACCAAGAGUCAGACCAACCAGCGAGAGUCCAUCAUCCAGUGCGUCAUCGUCUGUUCUUGGAGACGCACUAGGCUUAGUUAAUUCGUCCAUCAAUCUGAGUGGACAGGUGCAAAGUCCUCUGAACAGCGGGGUCGGUAUAGGUGUAGGAGUCGGGUUGAGAGCGUUCACUGUGCCCUCUCAUCGAGGUGGACUCAGCUCUUCCGGCAGGUAGUGAAUGGUACACGGUGAACCACGGACUUGAUGAAACUUGAGGGGUCAUGGUGAUUCGUGAUUCUUUGGAUGGGACUAGUGAGAGUAGACACGGUGUAUCGUUGAUUAGGGUGAACGGUGAGGAGGAAACGAUGGAGUUUAAGAUCGGUGGGUGAUUUGGACUUUGUGAAUCUUUGAUGGUUUAGUGCAAAUUUGGAGAAGAUUUUAGGAUGCUUGUUACUCGAGAAUGUUUCCUCUUUUGUGUUUUUGGAAAUAUUGGAACUUGGUCCCGAAUAAUUUCCAUUUGAAUUUUACAUAGCUCAAAUUGCACUCUACUUGCCUCUAUAAUCUUGAACGCCGAAAAGUGAAGUAAAGAUUCAAAUUGAAAUUCAAUUUGUAUAACUAAUCGAGUAACGAAACGAUCUUCCCGAACACCCUACCUUAACAAAUUCAUUCCGAUCGAGUCAUCCUGGAAUAGUGUUUGAUUUUUCAUCGUUCUAUGGAGAUCAAUCGAUGUAAAUAAGCGUCUGGAUCGUAGGUAGAACUCUGUAAAUAGCUUUCGCACAGCGUACCUAGGCUGUUUCAUUGGUCGUACGACUGUAGGUCGUGUACUUGUAGAUAAUUUGCCUGCGUUAAGCGAACCUUCGCUCUAUCCAACGAGUACUAUGUUACGACGAUAUAUUCUAUCGAUCGAGCGUGCGAUUAUUACAGCUGCAUCAAGGCAGCGAUGAAGCGGAAGAACGGCCGAAGUGUAUAUCGAGAGGGUAAUAAAACGUGCGAGUAUCAUGUGGAA